ACUUGUCAAUCAGCAGUUGGACAACAUGCGUAUUCUUGCAGUUCUCGCCCUUUGUGUCGCAGCCGUCUCGGCUGUACAGAGGACACCUGGUUCGAGGAUCGUGGGUGGCUCACUGACCACUAUCGACCGCUACCCCACCCUCGCCGCUCUGCUGUACUCAUCCAACUUAGUUCAAUACUGGCAAGAUUGCGGUGGCACCAUCCUCAACAACCGAGCUAUCCUCACCGCCGCUCACUGCACUGUUGGUUUCGCAGCCAACCGAUUCCGUAUCCGCGUUGGCUCCACCUGGGCUAACAGUGGUGGAGCUGUCCACAACGUUGCUUCGAACAUCAUUCAUCCACAAUUCAACAGAUGGAACUUAAACAAUGACGUCGCCGUCUUGCGCGUGUCUAACACCUUCUCCUUCAACAACAAUGUUCGCGCUGCUUCCAUCGCUGGUGCCAACUACAAUGUCGGUGACAACCAGGCUGUCUGGGCUGCUGGCUGGGGUGACACUUUCUAUGGUUCAGAGCAGGGUUCCGAGCAGUUACGUCACGUUCAGCUUGCGAUCGUAAAUCAGAACACUUGCAGAAACAACUACGCUACCCGUGGUGUUGUGGUCAACGAGAACAUGUUAUGCGCUGGCUGGGCCACCGGUGGUCGUGACCAGUGCCAGGGUGACUCCGGCGGUCCUCUCUACCACAACGGCAUCGUUGUUGGUGUCUGCUCCUUCGGUAUUGGCUGCGGUGACGCCUUCUUCCCUGGUGUUAGCGCUCGUGUUUCCCGUUACACAUCUUGGAUCUCCUCCAACGCAUAAGAAGUUUAAAUAAAUUGAUAAUUUG